AUGUCUGCGCAGACCCAAGCAGAAGCGCCAUGGCAACCCAUCGCCCGACGUAAACAAGCAGACCGCGCCGCCCAGAUCCCGUCGGAAUGGAUGCUCCCAUCCCACGUCCUGCCCAGAGACCCUCCGCGGCUAGAGUACGGCCCUCAAAACGUGCUCGAUGUGCCUAGUCAAUUCCUCUCCGACGCAGAAAUCUCCAUAACAGAAUCCUACACGAUCGCGACCCUCCUCUCAGCAAUCGCAUCGAAGAAACUCUCGUCCACAGAGGUAGCCAAAGCGUUCUGCCACCGUGCCGCCAUCGCCCAGCAAUUGACCAAUUGCCUGACCGAACCGCUAUUUGCCUCCGCGAUCGAACGUGCCAAAGAGCUGGACGUAUACCUGAAAGAGCACGGCAAGCCGUUCGGCGCGCUCCACGGCCUGCCCGUCUCGGUCAAAGACACAUUCAACAUCGCAGGCGUCGACUCGUCGAUCGGCCUAGCAUAUCUAUGCUACAAGCCCGCAAAGAAGAAUGCGGUGCUGGUGACCCUCCUCCUGUCGCUAGGGUGCGUGAUCGUAGCAAAGACGAAUGUCCCGCAGACACUGGCCGCGCUGGAUUCCAUCAACAACGUCUUCGGACGCACCAUGAACCCCAUCAAUCGCUUGUGCACGGCAGGCGGGUCUUCUGGGGGUGAAGGGGUGCUCGUCGCAAUGAAAGGCAGCAUGAUCGGCAUCGGCACCGACAUUGGAGGCAGCAUUCGCGUUCCAGCCAUGUGUAAUGGCGUGUAUGGAUUCAAGCCGAGCAACGGCCGCCUGCCGUACGGCGGACAAGCCCUCACGGGCAUGGAGGGCAUAGGCCGGACCAGCGUCCAGGCUGUGGCGGGACCCAUUGCUCGCAGCGUCGAAGAUAUCGACGUGUUGAUGCGCGAACUCGUCCCGCGCGCCAGUCUCUGGGGCGAAGACUGCAUGCCGGUCGGAUGGUCCCUUCAUCCACGCAACCCUCGUGCCCGCGGCAGCGGUAAGACCGGUGAGCUCGUGGUUGGUGUCCUGCGCAGCGACGGCAAUUGCGCCAUUCUGCCACCCAUCGCCAACGUGUUGGACGAGGUCGGUGCACAAUUGCGCGCAACUCCAAACGUUACUGUGAUUGAACUCGACUGUCCCAGGGCCUGGACAAGAUGUCAAACAGUCAUGAGCAAGCUGAUGAGCGUCGACGGCGCCGAGCUCAUGGCUGAUAUGAUUUCGGCUACUCAGGAGCCGCUGGUGCCGUGGAUGGCCACACGCUUUCGGAAAGGUAAGCCUCAACCAUUGACUCGUGUUGCCGAGUUACAGGCCCAGCGCGCCGCCUUGGAACGCGAGAUGCUCGACAUCUGGGUCUCGACGGACUCAGAGGGUCGACGGACACAGAUACUCGAUGCCAUCGUCUGUCCCGUGGCCCCGCACCCAGUCCCGCCUAUCGAUGGAUACAAUGCUGUUGGGAUGACCAGCUCUUGGGUCCUGCUGGACUAUCCUGCCGGCACGGUGCCUGUGCGGGUUUGUCAAGAGAGCGAUUUGCAACUGGGAACCUCCCAGGGCGGUAAAGUGCUAGGGUCGUGGGAUGAGCGGAACCGCGAGCUCUGGGACGAAAGCAAGACCGAUCGCAGAAUAUACGUGGGGACGCCUUUGAGUGUGCAAGUCGUCGUGCCACGACUGCAGGACGAGAAGUUGGUCGAGGUCAUGGGCUGGGUGGAUGGCGCCGUCAAGGGUGAGAAACAGCAGCCGGUAAAGUCCAGGUUGUAA